GCGCAUGCGCGGGGCGGCGCGCAGGCUCUUGGCGGCUGGCUGGGGCUGCGGUUGCGGAGACCUCGUGGCGCAACGGUAGCGCGUCUGACUCCAGAUCAGAAGGCUGCGUGUUCGAAUCACGUCGGGGUCACGGCUUCCCCCUGUGGGGGUUCAUUUUACGCCCUGCGGCGUCCGGGCAGAGCUGGGGGUCCCCGGGGGGUUUUGGGGUGAAGGGGGGCUGCCUUACACCCUGGGGAAAGGGGUGCUGCUGAGCAGUGGUGAGGGAAGAGCUGCCCCGCCUUGUCCCUUCUCCUGCCUUUUGCUUUUGCCUUAGGUGUCCUGGGGUGCUCGCAGUGUCUCUGGAAGUCACAGCCCCCAGCCCCAUCUCUGCAGAUGCUCAGCCACAGCUUGAGAGCGCUCCUAAGACUGAAGCAUCCUGCUAACAUGGCCUAACGCUGCGGUUGUUCACAGCUGCAGGGAAACAUGAGCUGCUUAGAGCAAGUGCUACCCUCAAGGACAGAGGAAAACAACAUUGGAGUAAACUCUUCCAAGCUGCUAGAGUUCAGCUGCUUCCGAUGCCAUUGGAGAGUAUCCAGUCUUCUCAAAAUACGGAUCAUAGACACAUAGGACCUCCAAGUGCCGGGGCACGGGGACAGGGAGGUAGUUGUGGGGAUCCUGGAGGACCGAGCCCCCAGUAGCUGGAGCACAGCGAGGCAGUCCUGUGCGCUGAUGCAUGUUUCCUGUGACGUUAUGUGCAACAAGCUGUGUGUGGUGGGGUUUUUUGUUUGUUUUUAAUCAAAGAACUGAAGGCAGUAGUUGAGCUAGACUAGUUUUUAGAUUAAAGAUAACAUGAUGUCCCUUAGGUAACUUUUUUCUUGACUUUGCUAUGGUGGGAUUAUGCCAGCUGUAGCUUUGAAGAACUUUAUUUUAAACUAUUUUAGAUUUGGAGCAAACAGUAAAAGCAAAGUCUAAUUUAUAGGAUAAAUAAAGCUUCUAAGUAGUCAUUAACGCUAACUGCUUUAACCUGUUGAGAAUAUGAUGGGGUUUUUUACACCUGAGUUGCUUUAGUCUUGAUCUCUUUUUCACUGAAUGGCUGCUUCUGUCUUGACUAGAUUUUCCACAGGAUUUCAUUGCUUUAUAAUAGCAUGUACAAUGAUGCUUUGGGCUUCUCUUUUCACAAACAUCAUCCUUAUUUUAAAAAAAUAGUACCAGACUAAAAUAAACAGAAACUGAGUUUUUUAUUUAUUGCCCUGCACUAUCUUCACUGAUAGGAUUUUAACUGAGAGAAUGUUUGGGUGAAAAAGUCUUAUAUCUGAAAGCAUUUGUCCACAGCAAUGUGCUCUCUGAAAUAAGCUGUAUUAAAGCUAUUCAGAUGAUGACUGCAAGGUAUGUUUAACACUCCAUAGGUUUGAAUAAACACAAAUCAUGUGUUUGCUGUAUGCUACUGAUUAAAAUGUGUGUGUAAUUGGUUUGGGAUUUAACUGUGGUAUGGGAAGUGCUUAAAGCAAGCUAAUGUAUCCCCUUAAAAGGAUAAAUUAAUAGAACUUGAAUAUUCAUCUUAUGUCUCUUUAAAGUUCUGUUGCUAUUCAAUAGUUGGGGCUUUUAGCAAAAUGAGUUUCGGAUCACUGUUAAAUGUGUCUUCACCUUUGCUGGGACAGCUAUUUUGUUUAAAGAUCUUCAUAGAUGAAGUGCGUAUAUAGUCUUAGUUUUCUUUGCAUUUAAUUAGAUAGAAUUUCCUGAGGAAGAUGUGAUUUUAGGAUUUCAUGAUUAACACUUUUAUUCUAAAUAAAUAGCAAAUGUGAUACCAAGAUACCUGUGUCCUGUUCACUUAUUUCUCAUACUUCCUUUUGAAACGGGGAACAUCUAAGGGAGCUAUGCUUUUGCUUGAUAUCUGUACUGAAAUGUUCGAUGCUGAUUAAACAGGAUGACUUAAUGCAAAGGAGAAUGAAGGUUAUUGAAUAUCUACUCAUUGCUUUGGAAAAAAGUACUUCUUAACUAAAAGGCCUCUUAUAUGCAUGUGGAUUUUAAUGCCAGCUGCUUAGUAAAUGCUUUUUUUUAAUCUUUAGAAAUAUACAUCUGGCUGUUUUGAGAUGAAAGGACCUCUAAUGCAUUCUGCAGAAGUCAGUAGUGAAGUCACAGUCUGACUUGGCCUCCCGCGGUUACCCUGGAAGCUCGUGAUGUCACAGGCUGAGCACUGGAGUUUUAUGCUGGGAGGCUGCACGGGGCGAAGCGAUGGCCCAGGUUACGGUUGGCAUGCUGAUAGAACAACCAGAAGAAAACGUAGAUGAACACAACCUCGAGGAACUCGAUGCUCAGCGUUUGAGUGACAGCGAACUGCGGGACCAGCUCAUCCUGUAUGGGCUCGAACCUGGACCAAUACUGCCUUCCACAAGGACACUUUAUGAAAAUAAGCUUCUGCAGUUGAUAGAUGAAAGCACCCUAGCCUGCUGUGGUAAGCCAGAUGAAAGUGGACACCUCGAUGAGGGCUCAGAAAAUGAAGAUCAUGAAGAACAAGAGACAAAUUCUCAAGUAAUCCUUGAAACAAAAGACUUCAAAGUGACAGCAUCCUGUGCCUCUGGCUAUUGUAAACCUUCACACCUGGAAGUGCCUGAACGCCACAAGAAACUUCUGUCACCUAACGCAGAUCACAAUCUUGUUAAGAUAAUGGCAGAGGAAAGUAUCUGUCCUUGCUACAUAUCUUGUUAUGCCUUUGCACCUAGCAUUCCACGAAUCUUAGAAGAGAACUUUUACUGGAUUUCCAUUGCUACCUGUUAUCUCAUACUUCUGACUCUCCAGCAAUGAUAAAUGCAGGAAGCCAGGUCCAUUUGUGGCAACAGAACAUUCAACUUGACUGACUUGUACUUUGUCUAUUUGGACGACCAUACAGCUUUCAAUGCAUAUUUGAUAUAUUCAUAAGAAUAAUUCCUGAAACUGCUAGCUAAUGGCAAUUAAGUGGCUUCAUUGGUGCCACUCUGUAAUAGUCCAUAUUUUAUACAAGUGUGCAUGCAUACACACUGACACACAUUUUUUUUAAAUAUAAAACAAGUAGAUAAAGGAUAAUUAAUUAAGGAUAAAGUACAUAGCUAUCAGAUGACUACUUAAUGAUAAAGUAGGAGCUAGAGGAUUGCUUUACUCCACACUUAUGGAAUGCAAAUGAUUUCAGGCUCUUAGUUACAUUUUGUUAAAUCAAUUUUGUAUUGUAACUGUAGGUGUAGACUUGUGACAAGUGGAAGAGUUGCAAGAAAAUUCUUAUUUUAAAUCCAUAUGAGUAACUGCAAUGAAUGUGGUUUUUAUUGUAAGGCAUUCAGUACUUUGUGGCAACUCUCACCAUGAGAGGCUUUAAUUGUGUACCUCCAACCUGCAUUAAUGAGUGUCUGUCUUGAAAAUGUUAACAGCUAGAACAAAUCCUGCCAGAGGAUAAGUUGCCAGUACAUUGGACGCAGGGACAAAAGAGAUCAGGUGGCAGCAGUCCCCAUAGCAGUCCUAAGGCUGUUCGCAGGACAAAGACAGGUGAAGCAUCUAGUGAUGGAACUGACAAAGAUGACACAGAUGAGACAUGGUUUCCUGAUCCUUGGUCUCCCAUAGGAAUCAGGAAAAGACCAGAGAAGGAGGAUGAGCAGUCACCAGCUCAGAAGACUGUGGAAACAUUUAAAGUAGAAAAAGAGAAGUUUGUACUGGGAAAAGAGAAUUGCAGAGCAAGAGUAGCACAGGAAGAGACCUCUCGAAGUCUGAUACCAAUGCCUGUAAGGAUUGCGAUAUUUGCCAUCUUUGUGUUUGUGCUCUUUGUGUAUGUAACUAUGGAGACUGACCCAAACAAUCCGCUCAUAAACUUCAUCCUGGGAAGAGGAUAAGAGCACUGUCCUGGUGACAUGCACAGUGUUUAGUGAUGACUACAGAACUGAAGAAUGCACUUUUCUUUCCCUGCUACUUAUGAACAAGCUCUUCAGGUAGUGAAUUAAAAGGCCAGUAGGAGGGGGAAAAUACUCUGCAACUUGUCUUUGCUUAGUGUUCAUUGUAUACAGUAGCUCAUAAUUCUUGGAAAUGUGACUUGUUAUACUGUUUUUUUCUUUGCUGAAACCAAGUUCACAUGUGGAUGCACACUUUGUGUCCCAGCUAGAGAGUUAAGUUCCUCGGAAGGGUUUAGGGUUCUGCAUGGUUUGGGGUUUUUCCUCAACUGCCUGUGGCUGGGAUCGUUCCAUCUUUGAGAACUCCAACUUCUGAGCUUUGGCUAUCACAUAUUUGAGAAACACCAGCUAUAAACUGGGGGAAACAAAUUGCUUGCCAACCUGGCAAGACAGGCAAUGACUCUAGCAUAAUACAAGCCAUGAGGGAUCAAGGGAGGAUUUACUGCAUCACAACUACUGGGAAAAAUGUUCUUGCCUCUCCAAGUCUAAAAAUCUUACCGAAAAGAGUACAGUGGAAGUGACAACCUCUCAGUAGUGGUCUGCCACCUUUCAUCUAAAGGUGACCUGAAUUUUCAAUGUAAUGUUCUCAUAAAUCAGACACUUAAAAGAUUUAAAGGAGUAGUAUAUUUCAUAGGUUGAGAUCAAGCUGAGGCCUUUUGGUGUCUUUUCCUUUCAUAGCAGAAAUGCAGUACUUUGAGCUUGGCAUGUAAUCUGAAGAAACAUACUGAAGCACCCUAAAAUUACUGUAGCCAUUUGACUUAAAAAAAAUUCUUGAUGUACUUUGCUGGGAAAGAAAAUUUAGUAUCCUUAGGUUUGAUGCUUUGGUUUAAGAGGAAAAUCCUUCCUGUAUAAGUCAUAACACAGUAAGCUAGUGGUAUGAUAUACUGAGUGGCUUCCUUAAUUCUUCUAAGUCAUUUUGCUUUAUCUUUAAGAUGUGUGCACUUUGUAAUCUUUACCUCAGAUCUUGGAUAUGGCUUUAACGUGAGAUAAGAGGUUACCUCUUUUCUAGGUAGGAUAAAUGGUAAUAAAUGGAGAGGGGUUUUGAUUCCUAUAGCACUCUUGAGGCUGUGGGAUUACAAAGAAACUGGCUUACUGCUAAGGUGUGGUGUUAGCCCUGUACUCUCAGACGUUUCCUUCACGAAGCUCAUUUUCCAGUUUAGCAAGUGCAAUGAAAGCUGGAAUGUGCUGUGUUUUUGCAUGGUGCUGUGUUCAUAGGAAAAUAAUCUUUUAUCUGUCUCAAAUUGCUAUAUGAAUAUGAGACACUGGGUGCAAUUGCUUCAGUGCUAAGUAAUUGAUAUACCAUGUUGGUUUUAUCUCACAAUCUAGGACUUUGCUUAUAUGCUCCAACUCUAUCUGCCCAUUCUAGUUUCCUCUGCAGAACCUUGUCUUAAAUGAUCCAGUAGCUUGGAUCGGUAGCUUGGAUUUGGUUUUUUAGGGUGGCGGAGGAAGGCUAUACAGUCAUGCCAUUCCUCCUGGCCUGCUGCUGCCUAACAGCCCAUCCUAGUGUGAAGUUUAACAUCAUCUGUGGGAGCCGAGGCUGACUGUCAAGUACGCCUACAGCUGCAGAACACGCUGCCACUGAUGAGUGCUCUUACUGCUGCCAGCGGCCCUGGCUGUGGCCUCUCCCUGGUACGUAUGUGUUGCCUUCUCUCUCUCCCAUUCCCAAAGGUCCCAGGAAAUGCUUGUUUGCUUCUAAAAAUACUUAAUCUUUGUGUUUAGGUAAGGGAUAGCUUUGCAAACAGACUGAGUAUGGCUAGUGUGGUACAAGAGUUGUUAAGCAACCUAGUUGCUCUCUCUGUAUUGAAAUGAUCCUUGUAGGUCACAGGCUCAGCUUAAAACCUUCUUGUGUACUGGAGUUUAGAUGAUAGCCUUCCUGGGAAAGCAAGGACAGUACACUGCAGAGAGCUGCUGUGGACAGGUAAUUAACAUUGACUUCAGAGGCUUGUUCUUAUCUGGAAACAAAGUUAAUAUUGGCUCCUCUCAUUUGAACAUAUUACAGGCUAGUAAGAAAUGAAGUGGAAUGCCUUCUCCUCGGCAUUGACUACUUUAUCUGGGGGCCACCAUAGGGUACCUGUGUGUAUUUGACAUUUUGUUUUACUGUCCAGAACUUAGUGAGAUAUUUUGCUUCAUCCUUUCGAUUGAGAAUGGCAGAGCAGUGGCUCCAGGGAUGAUGAUUUUUGAAAAUUUUCUGGCAGUGGACAUCGCAAACACUAAUCUCCUGCUUUUCAGCAUGCUGGGGGUGUGGGCCCUCACGUUGAAGGGCCUGUGCAGUUCUGAUCUAUUAAUGAAAUAAACAUAUUGGUGUUUAA